CAAUAGAUUAACGUUUUUCUGUGACAAAUGAAUGAGAUACGUCUUUGAGUCAUUAACAGUUCCAGGGCAGCUGUUUAGUCAAAACGGCUUCCUCUUUAAAUUUGUAUUUGCAUUGUGAAAAUUAUGCAAGGUGUGGCUUUGAACAGGAGUCCUGUUCGGAGAGCACCCCCGCCUGCACCUGCUUGUGCUGAGUAUACAGACUGCUGAAGAACUCUGAGAAGGGUAGGAUAAGUUACAGUGCUGAGCGGGUCUGCUUGUAUCAGACGCUAGACAAGGAGAAUGAGCCUGCCAGACUACAAAUCGCCGGGAAAACAAUCCACCGCCAAUUUGCAGAACUCGCCCAUAAUAAACCUGAAUGUUGGAGGUCUGAUGUACUGCACGUCCCUGAGCACACUGAGAAAGUACCCCUCCUCCAAACUUGCAGAAAUGUUCAGCGGGCAGUCCUCCCUGAAGACUGACGCAGAGGGGCGGUACUUCAUCGACCGGGAUGGGACCCACUUCAAACCCAUCCUGGAGUUUCUUCGCAGUCAGCGUGUCCCCAGCGACACUGGACAGGAGGUGUACAAGGAGGCCCUUUUCUAUAACAUUGAGCCCCUGGUCAAACAGCUGGAGGACUCGCCAGAAAGAUUCGGGGAGGUAGUCGGGAGGCAGCAGUUCCUGGCGCGGGUUCCCAACUACAGAGAGAACAUUGAGGUGAUCAUCAGAAUUGCCAGGGCAGAGGCAGUGGCCGCUCGCCAGUCCAGCGUGAUCGUGUGUGUUCUCAAAACUGAGGAGGACUCCACACGUUAUCAAGAUGCUGUUAACAGCCUAGAUGGAGACAAAGAGUCAGUGGUGAGGUUCGGACCAUGGAAAGCCACUCCGGCUGUUUUAGAUUUGCUGGACUGUGUCAAAAUGGACAUUGAAGCCAGGGGCUAUAACAUAACAUACCAGCCCCAUGUAACUGACAAAGGCUUCCGUUUCAAGUCGUACGAUUUCUUUUAUAAAUUUAUAUUCACCUGGUGGUAAUUAUACAAUUUUAACCAUGUGCAAAAGAACAUUUUUCUCUCUUAGAAAUGAGUGCUUGAUGACAGUAUGUGCAGAAAAUGUUCAUUGACUCAGUGGAAAUUGUAUUUAAAAAGGAUUGCACAGUUGUGAUAUUCAAACAAACACCAGGUGGUGCUAUGGAAAAAAAAAAUAAUAAUAAUAAUAUAAAAAAACUUUAAUUAAAGCUAAACAGUAUCAUCUGAAAGGGAGAGUGAUUUUUAGGCACUAUGUAUGGUAUUUAUAAAAGUCACAGGAGCACUAAACAGUAAUGAUGGAAUAAAAUUAUUCAUCCCAUCUUUGCUCCAUUCUGAUCCAUGUGGCCCAUGUAGGGUGCUGUUUUUCACCAUUCACCAUUGAAAAUAAAAUAUGCAAAUCACCCCCUGUGGGCCACAAUAAAGGUGUGACAAUAUCAUGGUUUUUUUUUUGUUUGUUUUUGUUUUUUACUGUAGACGGGUUAUUGGUUUAUUGCAUAUAAUUUCUUUUUUUUUUUUUUUGUAAAAAAUCUAUUUCCUUUCCAAAGGCAAGACUAUUCUGAAUAUGCCCAGGCAUAUUGGAAAAUUACAAUAUGAUGCAAAGUUGGGUUGCAUACUUGUACAGUACUGAUGUAGGGACAGCUAUUUAGGCCACAAUGAAGUACACUUUCAUUAUUUCAUGUUCUCAGAGGAAAGCUUUAAUUAUUUACGUACUAUUUACAUACUAUUUGUGUUUAAUACCCAAAUGUAUAAUAAUAUAUGAUCACACUGUAUAUAUUUUUGCAUAUCUUUACUGAUGACUAACAUAUGUUAAUGUUACAAAAAUUUUAUUAUCAACUUUUAAUUAAGUGAAACUGUGUAUUAGGUGAUUCUGUGAUAUAUUUAUUUAGAUAUAAAUAUCCAUCUUGUUUUAUGUAUUAAUGUAUUUUAAUAACAGAAGACAGGAGUUUGUUAUUGGAUAAAAUCACGUUUUGUGUAAGAAAUAAUACAAUGUAAAUCAAAUUAUUAAAAAAAGAGGUGAGAAAUUCUAAUCAAUAAUAAUAACAAUUCUAUAAAACAAAAAUGAAAAAAAAAAUCCUUUGUCCCCCCAAUUUCUGUAUAUGAGCCCAACAUGAUGUUGCAUCCUUACAAUGAGUCUAUCCUGUUUCGUUCAAGAUCUUUGCUUUUACUGUGAUGAUAAAACACUGUAUAUCCGUGCAAGUGUAUUUCAAGUAAAAUGGCUUUGUUCCGACCUCU